GGGAGGGGGGCACAGAGCGGAGAGAGAAAGUUUGUGGGACCAGUGGAAGUUGCACAGGGAGCUGACACUCGGAGCUAUUGAUUGAGCUCACAACGCUGGCACCCGGAUUUGUGCCACACAACUUCCUGCUCUCUGUUUGUUUCCUCAUCUCACGCCCGUUUGGUGCCUCGACUCUUCUCUUUGGCAUCUGAUUCUGCGUCUGGAGCUUUGACCUCUCUGCCAAUAUGGUGGCCGGAAUGCUCAUGCCGCUGGACCAGCUCCGGGCCAUUUAUGAAGUCGUAUUCCGAGAUGGCGUCAUGGUGGCCAAGAAUGAUGAGCGCCCACAGAGUCGCCACGCCGAGGUGCCAGGCGUCACCAACCUGCAAGUCACCAAAGCCAUGGGCUCAUUGAAAUCCCGCGGGUUUGUCCGAGAAACCUUUGUGUGGCGCCAUUGUUACUGGUAUCUGACCAAUGAGGGCAUUGCCUACCUGCGCCAGUAUCUGCACCUGCCCCCUGAAAUUGUACCCGCCUCCCUGCAGCGGGUCAGACGUCCUGCGCCCAUGCCCGGGGUACUGCGUCGCCCUCCGGCUCCCAAAGUCCAAACUGUAAGUGGACCCACAUCUUAUGUGCCCAAGGCCCAGGAGGAGGGCGACAGGCAAGACUAUCGGAAAGUAGAAGCGCCAGUUUCACAGAAGGGUCCAAUGCCAGGUCUCUUCACUGCCAGGGCACAGGACCAAGAUAGUCAGAAAGGUGGGUGGCACAGAGGCUCAGGGGAUGCACAGGAUGCCAAGUGGCCACCUCACGCCUCUAAUGUAACAUGGGCACAGAAGGGCAAACAGGGCCAGUGGGGAGAGGAGAGUAGGAAAAUGACAGUCAGAGAGGAGACCAAGAUGAUGCCAGUUAGAGAGGAGAGUAGGAAAAUGACAGUUAGAGAGGAGAGUAGGAAGAUGACAGUUAGAGAGGAGAGUAGGUUAAUGACAGUUAGAGAGGAGAGUAGGAAAAUGACAGUUAGAGAGGAGAGUAGGAAGAUGGCAGCUGCUCCUUCUCCUUUAGAGCCUGUGGGUGCUGACAGGUUGUUUGGCCCCAGGCAGGAGCUCAGUAAGAUCCAGGCAAGGGCCCCUAGUGAGGUUUGGAGAAUUCCCAGCCCAGUAUCUGACAGUUGGAAGCAGGAGAGGGAGGAGGGCCGAGCAGAAAGGCCGGAGAGAGAAGAGCUGGAGAAGAUUGUCAGCCCAGUGAUCUCAUCCUCCCGGCCCGGAACUGGAGACAAGAGAGAAGGAGGAGGACAGGGGCAGAAACACGGGGGAAUAAGAGAGGCAGAGACAGGGGUAAUUGAGUCUGUAGCUCAGAACCAGCAGCAGGUCAGAGACGCCCAGAGAGAUAAAGGGCCCCGGGCCGGGGUAUCAGAGCCCACAGGUCAGGAGGUGGGAAGGACUGGGGGGCAGAAACAAGAUGUCAGGGAAACACCAAAGAUUGGGGAGGGGGGCGCUGAGGUACAGAGAGGGGCAGAUCUGCCUUCUACCCCUGAACCCACAAAGACAGAAACUAAACAGAGAAAAAAGGGUAAGAAAGAGAAGGUGGAAGGAGAGAGUCUGGGGGUUCCCCCUGAAUCUGUAGGAAACAAACCCCAAGAAGUGACAAAAGAGGAAAAGGAAAAAGGGGCAGACGAGGGCCAUAAAGUGACCGAACCCCCCAAAGCAGAAGCCAAAAAAAAAGGCCAAAAAAAGAAAGAGAAACAAGAGAUUAAAGAAGAGAAUUUGGGGGAUACCCAGAGAGAUACCAGCCCAUUGGUACCAGAACCUCAGGACCCAGUGGCACAGAGUAGUCAGGAGGGGGCAGAGAAGCUUCAGGUAGAACCUCCCAUAGAGUCCCAUAGUAUAACUAGUGUAGAAGGUCCAGGCCCAACAGAACCAGGUCCCAAGCAAGAGAAGAAGAAGUCUCCCAAAAAGGGCCCAGUUCCUCCCAUAGAAGAAGGGGUGGUGCAGAACUGGAUCAUUUCUCAGGCUCAGGUAGGAGAGGGGGGUGUCAGGGAAUCGGAUCAGGUGCAGAAGUCGCUGCAGGUAACCACAGGCCCAGUUCCUAGUGAUGGAAAAUUGGGGGAGACGGGGGAGCAGCCAGAACUCCAGGACAAGAACCUUCUAGACUCCCAGUCAGGAACCAGAGGUCCAAAGAUUCAACUGAAACUCGAGACCAAAGAAGAGUCAGAAUUGCGGGUCGGGUACCGGGUGCAGCUAGAAGAGUCCAUUACAAGGGUAGAGAAAAUUAUUGGGGUGCAGGCAGAGUGGGGAUCAUUAAGCACAGGGAGGUCCAAUACAGAACCAGAACAAAUGGACAUUCCUGGCUCAGAGAUCUCCAUAGAGACACAUGGACACGAGUGUGAGCUCAUGGGCCCAGUUGUGCAAACCCACACGCGGGUGCUGCCAUGUGCUACUCCCCCUGUUCCUCCAGUCACUGAUUGGCUGCAGGAUACCAGACCGGAUCCAGAGCCACUGGCCAAUGAGACGGUUACAGAAUCACAAGGGACCGAGAAACUGGGGGCUGGGGAGCAGCAGUUUGACCCGACUAUUACCCAGACUCCUCUAGGGCAAGCCCAGACUCCGGCAACUGCACCCAAACCUGGGGCUGAUGGGAGUGAAGGGGCGGUGCCAGACAAGCUGCAGGGAGUUGUGGUGCUGAGGAAGACUUGUCAGACUGUGUCAGAAACGACCCUCGUUACCCACAAUUCCACAUUGGUGGAGAGAACCCAAGAGAGAACUGUGAGAGUGCAAAGAGAAGAGACUGCCAAUCAGCUGAGCCAGACGAUAGUGGGCGGGACUGCGUCUGAGCAUGGCUCCACCCCUGAUGAAGAUGAAAGAGACCGAGUGCAAAAGAAAACCUUCACCAAAUGGGUGAACAAGCACCUGAUCAAGGCCCAGCGUCACGUGAAUGAUCUGUACGAAGACCUCCGGGAUGGACACAAUCUCCUGUCGCUGCUGGAGGUGCUUUCGGGGGAGACCCUGCCUCGGGAACGGGACGUUAUCAGGAACUUGCGGUUGCCCCGGGAGAAGGGUCGGAUGAGAUUCCACAAGCUGCAGAAUGUACAGAUUGCCCUGGAUUUCCUCAAACGAAGACAGGUGAAGUUGGUGAAUAUCAGAAAUGAUGACAUUGCAGAUGGGAACCCCAAACUCACCCUGGGGCUGAUAUGGACCAUAAUCCUUCACUUCCAGAUUUCGGAUAUUCAGGUGAGUGGUCAGUCGGAGGACAUGUCUGCCAAGGAGAAGCUGCUCCUGUGGUCUCAGCGCACGGUGGAAAGUUACCCGGGUCUGAGAUGCGACAACUUCACCAGCAACUGGCGAGACGGGCGACUCUUCAAUGCCGUCAUCCACCGACACAAGCCGAUGCUCAUCGAUAUGAACCGCGUUUACCGACAGACCAACCUGGAGAACUUGGAACAGGCAUUCGGUGUGGCCGAGCGGGACUUGGGUGUCACCAGACUGUUGGACCCUGAGGAUGUGGACGUCCCUCAACCUGAUGAGAAAUCCAUCAUCACCUACGUGUCCUCUUUGUACGACGCCAUGCCCAGGGUGCCCGACGUGCAAGAUGGAGCGCGGGCAAAUGAGCUGGAGCUGAGGUGGCAGGAGUAUUAUGAGAGGGUGACGGUUCUGCUCCAGUGGAUCCGCCAUUACACUGUGGUGUUUGAGGAAAGGAGAUUCCCAGCGAGUUACGAGGAGAUCGAGGUCUUGUGGCGCCAGUUCCUGAAGUUUAAGGAGACGGAUCUCCCCAGUAAAGAGGCCGACAAGAACCAGUCCAAACUCCAGUACCAGAACUUAGAGGGUGCAGUGAAGUCGGGCCAGUUGAAGGUGCCCCCUGGGUACCACCCGCUGGAUGUGGAGAAGGAAUGGGGCAAACUGCACGUGUCCAUCCUGGAGAGGGAGAAGUUACUGCGCAUUGAGCUGGAGAGGUUGGAGCGGCUGCAGCGCAUCGUCAGUAAGUUACAGAUGGAGUCGGGGCUUUGUGAGGAGCAACUCAACCAAGCGGAUGCCUUACUACAGACGAACAUCCGCCUGCUGAAUGCUGGGAAACAGCCACAGAGAGCGGGGGAGAUUGAGCGCGACCUGGACCAGGCGGACGCCAUGAUUCGCGUGCUGUUUAACGACGUGCAGGCUCUUAAAGAUGGCCGCCAUCCCCAGGGAGAACAGAUGUACAGGAGGGUAUAUCGCCUUCACGACCGUCUCGUUGCAAUGCGCACAGAGUACAACCUGCGGAUAAAAUCAGGUGCCACCCAGGUCACCACCCAAGUCACUCAGGUCACCCAGCAGGCUUCCCGGCCACAAAUGGAUGAUGCCACCCUACGGUACCUGCAGGACCUGCUCAGCUGGGUGGAAGAAAACCAGAAGCGAAUAAAUACAGCAGAAUGGGGGUCAGACCUCCCCAGUGUCGAAUCCCACCUAGGCAGUCACCGUGGCCUUCAUCAGUCCAUCAGCGACUUCCGAGCCAAGGUUGAACGAGCACGAGCUGAAGAGGGCCAGUUCUCAGGAAGUCGUGGAUCCUCCCAGGAAUAUUUAGGAAAACUGGAUCUACAAUAUGCCAAACUACUGAACUCCUCCAAGUCCCGUCUCCGGCAUCUAGAGAACUUUCACGCGUUUGUCUCUGCUGCCACCAAAGAGCUGAUGUGGCUGAACGAUAAAGAAGAAGAGGAGGUCAACUAUGACUGGAGUGAGCGCAACACUAACAUGACCAGCAAGAAGGACAACUACUCCGGCUUAAUGCGUGAGCUUGAGCUGAAGGAGAAGAAGAUCAAGGACAUCCAGAAUACAGGAGACAGGCUACUUCGUGAGGACCACCCGGCUAAGUCCACAGUGGAGGCAUUCCAGGCGGCUCUGCAGACCCAGUGGAGUUGGAUGUUACAGAUGUGUUGCUGUAUCGAGGCCCACCUGAAGGAGAACACUGCCUACUUCCAGUUCUUUGCAGAUGUGAAGGAGGCUGAAGAACAACUGAAGAAGAUCCAGGACACCAUGCGUAGAAAGUAUAUAUGUGACCGCGCCAUCACAGUUACGCGGCUCGAGGACCUUCUCCAGGACAGCAUGGACGAGAAGGAGCAACUGUCAGAGUACAAAGGGCAACUUGCCAGUCUGGCUAAGCGGGCCUCUUCCAUCAUUCAGCUGAAGCCACGAAGCCCCUCAAACCCCCCAAAAGGCCGUCAGCCAGUUCAAGCAGUGUGUGACUACAAGCAACUAGAGAUCACAAUAAAUAAAGGGGAUGAGUGUUUGCUGGUGGACAAUUCGCAGCCCUACAAGUGGAAGGUGCUGAACGCUUCCGGAAGUGAUGCCCUUGUUCCCUCGGUUUGUUUUCUGGUUCCACCACCCAACAAGGAGGCACGUGACGCUGUUAGCAGACUUGAGGGCACCCACCAGUCCCUGAAUACACUGUGGCACACACUGAACAUAGACCUGAAGAGCUUACUCUCCUAUCAGUACCUGCUCCGUGACAUCCAACUCAUCCAGUCUUGGUCUCUUAUCACAUUCCGCAGUAUGACAUCCGAGGAGUAUAAAACCGCUUUUAGAAAUCUUGAGAUUCACUACCAGGACUUCAUGAGGGACAGCCAGGACUCCCAGAACUUUCACCCCGAUGACCGUAUGAACAUCGAGAGAGAGUACAACUCCUGCACCCAGAAAUACGAGAUGCUCCUACGCAGCCUGGAGAAAGGAGAACAAGAUGAGAGCGCAUGUAAGAAUUACAUCUCUCGACUGAAAAACAUUCAGCUACAACUUGAUGGCUGUGAGUCUCGUACGGUCAGCAAGAUCCGCUCUCCUCUGGACAAGGAUCCCAUCAAGGAAUGUUCUCAGAGAAUUGGAGAACAGCAGCAAAUUCACUUUGAGCUGGAGAGCAUCCAGAAGAACCUGUAUCAGGUGAAUGAGAAGACCGAGAAGAUCCUUGCCCAGCCUGAUCUUGGCAGUUCUUCCCCAAUGCUGCGCUCAGAGCUUGAUGUCACCCUGCAGAAAAUGACCCAGGUCUACAGCCUGUCCACCAUCUAUCUGGACAAACUGAAGACCGUCAACCUGGUUAUCAGGAACACUCAGGGUGCGGAAGAGGUGGUCAAGACUUAUGAGGAUCAGCUCAAAGAGGUCCAAUCUGUGCCCUCUGAUCUGAAAGAGCUAGAGAGUAAUAAGUCUGAACUAAAGAGAAUGCGUGGUCAAGUUGAAGGCCACCAACCUCUAUUCAGCAAUCUGGAAAAUGACCUGAGCAAAGCCAAGGAGGUCAGUGAGAGGAUGCUGAGGUCUCACAGUGAACGGGAUGUGGACAUAGAUAGGUACCGGGAGCGAGUUCAGCAGCUUCUGGAGCGUUGGCAAGCCAUUGUCCUUCAAAUUGACAUCAGGCAGCGAGAGCUGGACCAGCUGGGCAAGCAGCUCCGUUACUACCGGGAGAGCUACGAGUGGCUCAUUCAAUGGAUAACAGAAGCAAAGAAGCGUCAGGAGAAGAUCCAGUCAGUGCCCAUCACAGACAGCAAAACAGUCAGGGAACAACUUCUGCAGGAGAAGAAACUCCUGGAAGAAAGUGAGAAGAACAGGGAGAAGGUUGACGAAUGCCAGAAAUAUGCCAAGCAAUACAUUGAUGCCAUCAAGGAUUUUGAGCUUCAUCUUGUGACCUUCAAAGCCCAACUGGAACCGGCUGCAUCUCCUGUCAAAAAGCCAAAAGUCCAGUCGGCAUCGGACAACAUUAUUCAAGAGUAUGUGGAGCUCCGCACCAAGUACAGUGAGCUCACAACUCUCACCAGUCAGUACAUUAAAUUCAUCACAGAGACCCUCAAGCGCCUAGAGGUGGAGGAGAAAGCAGCAGAGAAGCUAAAAGAAGAGGAGAGGAGGAGGCUGGCAGAAGUAGAGUCCCAAUUGGAGAAGCAAAAGCAACUUGCAGAGGCCCAUGAAAAAGCCAAAGCUCAGGCAGAGAAAGAGGCCAGAGAACUGAGGCUAAAUAUGCAGGAAGAAGUCUCCAAAAGGCAGGUAGUCGCAGUUGAUGCCGAACAGCAGAAAAAGACAAUCCAACAAGAGCUGCAGCAGCUGAAGCAAAAUUCAGAAAUGCAGAUCAAGUCCAAAGCCAAGCUGAUCGAAGAAGCUGAAAUCAGCCGUAAAAAAGUUGAAGAAGAGAUCAGAAUAAUUCGCAUACAACUGGAAACAAGCCAGAAACAAAAAUCUGGUGCAGAAAAUGAGUUAAAUGAUCUGCGAGCUCGGGCAGAAGAGGCAGAGAGGCAGAAGAAGCUUGCUCAAGAGGAGGCCGAACGCUUGCGCAAACAGGUGAAAGAUGAAACCCUGAAGAAACGAGAAGCUGAGGAGGAGCUUCAGCGCAAGGUACAGGCUGAGAAGGAUGCAGCACGGGAAAAGCAAAAGGCCUUGGAUGACCUGGAAAAGUUCCGGCUUUUAGCUGAAGAAACAGAAAGAAGGAUGAAGCAGGCCGAGUUUGAGAAAGAACGGCAGAUCAAACAGGCUCAAGAUGUGGCCCAAAAGAGUGCCGAUGCAGAGCUGCAGAACAAGCGCAUGUCAUUCCUAGAAAAAACCACCCAACUGGAGAUGUCCCUGAAGCAAGAGCAUAUUACUGUCACCCACCUACAAGAGGAAGCAGAGCGUCUUAAACAACAACAGAUGGAGGCUCAAAAUGCUAGGGAGGAAGCAGAGAAAGAGCUGGAGAAGUGGAGACAGAAAGCCAAUGAGGCCUUGCGUCUAAGGCUCCAGGCAGAAGAAGUUGCUCACAAGAAAACGGUAGCACAGGAAGAGGCUGAAAAACAAAAAGACGACGCAGAGAGAGAAACCCGCAAAAGAACAAAGGCUGAAGAGUUUGCUCUGCGUCAGAAGGAACUAGCAGAGGUGGAGUUGGAAAAACAGCGAAAGUUAGCAGAAGACACCUCCCAACACAAGUUUUCUGCUGAGCAGGAGCUUAUUCGUCUGAAAGCUGAGAUGGAGAACCGCGAGCAGCAACACAUAGUUCUGGAGGAGGAUCUUUACCGCCUUAAGAAUGAGGUGAAUGAGGCCAUUCAGAAGAGAAAAGGUCUGGAAGAAGAGCUGGCCAAGGUGCGAGCAGAAAUGGAAGUUCUCCUUCUUGCCAAAGCCAAGGCAGAAGAAGAGUCUCGCUCAGCCAGUGAAAAAUCCAAGCAGAUGCUAGAAGCUGAGGCUGACAAGCUACGUGAGCUUGCUGAAGAGGCUGCAAAGUUGCGUGCCAUCUCUGAAGAAGCCAAGAGGCAACGUCAGUUAGCUGAAGAGGAGGCCACUCGACAGAGAGCUGAAGCUGAAAGAAUUCUAAAGGAGAAAUUGGCAGCCAUCAAUGAUGCCACAAGACUGAAAACAGAGGCUGAAAUUGCGUUGAAGGAGAAAGAGGCAGAAAAUGAGCGUCUUAGGAGACUAGCAGAAGAUGAAGCAUACCAAAGGAAGCUUCUGGAGGAACAAGCAGCCCAACACAAGCAAGACAUUGAAGAAAAGAUCGUCCAGCUCAAACAGUCUUCUGAAAGUGAGCUACAGAGACAGAGAAAUAUUGUGGAUGAAACAAUGAAACAGCGAAGGGUCAUUGAAGAAGAGAUCAGAAUCCUCAAAAUUAGCUUUGAGAAGGCAUCUGUGGGAAAGUCUGACUUGGAACUAGAGCUGAACAAACUGAAAAACAUAGCAGAUGAAACACAGAAGAGCAAGGAGAAAGCUGAGCAAGAGGCAGAAAAACAGCGUCAGCUUGCACUCGAGGAGGAGAACAGACGAAGGGAAGCAGAGGAGAAGGUGAAAAAGAUCAUAGUUGCAGAGCAGGAAGCUGCCCGACAGCGCAAAGCAGCAUUGGAAGAAGUGGAGAAGCUCAAGGCCAAAGCAGAAGAGGCUAAAAAGCAAAAAGAACUGGCAGAAAAGGAAGCCGAUAAACAGAUUCAAUUGGCCCAGGAAGCUGCAAACAAGAAAAUUGAAGCUGAGGAAAAAGCUUACUAUGCCGCUGUUCAGCAAAAAGAGCAAGAAUUAUUGCAGACAAGGAUCCAAGAGCAAAGUACUCUCGAUAAACUGAAGGAAGAAGCUGAGCGCGCUAAGCGCAUGGCUGAGGAUGCAGAAAGAGCCCGGACAAGAGCAGAACAUGAAGCUGCCUUAUCACGCCAGCAAGCAGAGGAGGCUGAGCGCUUGAAACAGAAAGCAGAGGAGGAGGCACAGGCUAAAGCUCAAGCUCAGGAAGAUGCAGAAAAGAUGAGGAAAGAAGCAGAACUAGAAGCAGCCAUGAGAGCCCAGGCAGAGCAAGCUGCUCUAAAACAAAAGCACUUGGCUGAUGCUGAAAUGGAAAAACAUAAGAAAUUUGCAGAGAAAACUCUGACGCAAAAGGAGCAAGUUGAGGGUGAACUGACCAAAGUUAGACUGCAGUUAGAGCAAACCGACCAUCAAAAGGUCAUCUUGGAUGAGGAGCUUGGGCGUCUGAAGGAGGAGGUGACAGACUCCCUUAGACAGAAGAAGCUUGUGGAGGAGGAGCUCUUUAAAGUAAAAAUACAAAUGGAAGAACUAAUAAAGCUAAAGAUUCGCAUAGAAGAGGAGAACAAGAUGCUUAUCACAAAGGACAAAGACAACACCCAAAAAUUCUUAGCUGAAGAGGCAGAUAAGAUGAAACAAGUUGCUGAAGAAGCUGCCCGUCUUAGCAUUGAAGCUCAGGAGGCAGCUCGUCUCAGGAAGAUUGCUGAAGAUGAACUGUCUGAGCAGCGGGUAUUGGCAGAGAAGAUGUUGAAGGAAAAGAUGCAAGCUGUCCAAGAGGCCACUCGUUUGAAGGCUGAGGCUGAACUUCUCCAAAGGCAGAAAGAAAUGGCUGUGGAGCAGGCCAAGAAGCUACAAGAAGAUAAAGAACUAAUGAAACAGCAGCUCGCCGAAGAAACUGAGGGUUUCCAAAAGAUCCUAGAAGAGGAGCGCCGGCGUCAGAUGGACAUCAGCACCGAGGCAGAACAUCUCAAACUGCAAGUGGCUGAACUGAGCAAAGCCCAGUCCAGAGCUGAAGAAGAAGCCAAGAAAUUCAGAAAACAGGCAGAAGAGAUCAGUGAAAAGCUGCACAAGACAGAACUUUCAACCAAGGAGAAGAUGACUGUGGUUCAUACUCUUGAAAUCCAGAGGCAACAGAGCGACAAGGAGGCUGAAGACCUAAGAAAAGCCAUCGCUGAACUGGAGAAGGAGAAAGAGAAACUGAAAAGAGAAGCAGAACUGCUACAGAAAAAGUCUGAAGAGAUGGAGAAGGCCCAAAUAGAGCAAAUGCGUCAAGAAACCGAAACCCUCCAGUCAACUUUCCUCUCUGAGAAACAGAUCCUGAUCCAGAAAGAGAAGUACAUUGAAGAGGAGAAGGCCAAACUAGAAAAGCUGUUUGAAACAGAAGUCAACAAAGCUCAGAAUCUGCAAGGGGAGAAGGAAUGGCAGCUCAAUCAAUUGGAGGAGGAGAAACAACGUCUGCAGACCUUCAUGGACGAUGCCAUUAAAAAGCAAAAGGAGGCUGAAGACAAAGUCCGUCAAAAACAAGAAGAGCUGCAGCAGCUGGAUAAGAAGAGGCAGGAUCAAGAAAAGUUGUUGGAGGAGGAAAACCGAAAACUCAGAGAGAAACUGGAGCAACUGGAAAAGGAACAUAAACUGGCUUUGGAAAAAACAAAGGAAAUCACCAUCCACAAAGAGACGAUCAUAACGCAAACAUCAGUCAUGCCUAAUGGUCGAGACACUGUCGAUGGCACAGCUCCAGAUGGAGAACAAGAGAAUGCAUUUGAUGGCCUCAGACAGAAAGUCUCUCCAGAAAAGCUCCUAGAGGCUGGCAUCUUGACCAAAGAAAUGUACGACAAACUGAAAAAGAAGUUGGUGUCUGUGCAAGAAGUGUCCAAGUGGGACGAUAUCAGGAAAUACCUUCAGGGCAAGAACAGCAUCUCCGGCCUGCUCCUUAAGCCAAGCAAUGAAAAGAUAAGUAUUUACAAUGCCAUGAAGAAGAAACUUCUACCACCUGGCACGGCACUGAUUUUACUUGAGGCUCAGGCUGCUUCUGGCUACAUAGUCGACCCAGUGAGGAACAAAAGAUUGACGGUUAGUGAAGCAGUAAAAGAAAAUGUUAUCGGCCCUGAAGUACACAAUAAAAUGCUAUCUGCUGAAAGGGCUGUUACUGGCUACAAAGAUCCAUACACAGGAGAAAAAAUCUCUUUAUUCCAAGCCAUGAACAAGGACUUAAUUGUAAAGGACCAUGGCAUACGCCUUCUGGAAGCCCAGAUUGCCACAGGUGGCAUUAUAGAUCCAGUGAACAGUCAUCGUGUGCCCAUUGAGGUGGCUUACAAACUGGGCUACUUCGACGAGGAAAUGAAUAAGAUACUGUCAGACCCUACAGAUGAUACCAAAGGCUUCUUUGACCCCAAUACUCAAGAAAACCUCACAUACUUACAACUAAUGGAAAGGUGUGUCGUAGACCCAGAAACAAAGCUCUGUUUGUUGCCUCUAACUGACAAAGCUGGGAAAGGCGAGCUGGUCUACACUGAUUCAGAAGCCAAGGACGUGUUCAAAAAGGCCACAGUCUCUGUUCCAUUUGGCAGAUUCCAAGGCAAGACUGUAACCAUCUGGGAAAUAAUCAACUCUGAGUACUUUACUGAAGAACAGAGACGGGACCUGCUACGUCAGUAUAAAACUGGGAAGAUCACAGUGGAAAAGAUCAUUAAAAUUGUAAUCACAGUGGUGGAAGAAAACGAGAAGAAGAAAGAACUGGGCUUUGAUGGCCUCCGAGGUCCUGUCCCUGCUGCAGAACUAGUGGAGUGUAAAAUUAUUGAUAAAGAUCUCUUCAACCAUCUGCAUCAAGGCAAGAAGUCUAUCAAGGAGGUGUCCGACCUUGAUGCAGUUAGAAAGUAUUUAACUGGAAGCACAGCCAUUGCUGGAGUUCAAGUAGAAAAAACAGGUGAGAAGCUCACCUUCUAUGAUGCCAUUCUGAAAAAUCUACUGAAACCUGCCACCGCUCUUAAUCUUCUGGAAGCACAAGCAGGCACUGGAUACAUCAUCAACCCAGUUCAAAAUGAGCUUAUGCCAGUAGAUGAGGCAGUUAAAGCUGGCAUUGUCGGACCAGAAUACCAUGAAAAGCUGCUCUCUGCGGAGAAAGCCGUCACUGGCUAUAAAGAUCCUUACACUGGACAGACAUUAUCACUCUUCCAGGCCCUCAAGAAAGGUCUUAUCCCUAAAGAUAGUGGAAUCCGCCUGUUGGAUGCACAGCUGGCCACUGGUGGUAUAAUAGACCCUGUUAAAAGCCAUCGCCUUCCACUUGAUGUUGCCUAUAAACGUGGCCAUUUAGAUGAGGAAACCACUAAACUUCUUUCAGUGCCCACUGAUGAUAGCACUGGUUUCUAUGACCCAAACAGCCAAGAAAUUCUUACUUAUUCACAGUUACAGAAGAAAUGCAAGGUAGACAAGAAAACUGGUCACUACUUGCUACCUCUCUCCAACCAAGCCAUACAAGCACAACAAGAAGAAAUUUACACUGAUUUACAAGCCAAAGAAGCAUUUGAUAAGACCACAAUUGAGGUGCCAAGUGGCAGCUUUAAAGGCAAGACCAUAACAAUCUGGGAAUUAAUAAAUUCGGAAUAUUUCACCGAGGAACAAAGGCGUGAACUGAUCAGGCAAUACAAGACCGGGAAAGUUACCAUUGAAAAAAUAAUUAAAAUAAUGAUCACAAUUGUGGAGGAGACCGAGACAAAGAAGCAGCAACGUCUCACAUUUACAGGUCUUAGGGCCCCUGUUCCAGCCACUGAGCUUCUAGAGUCCAAGAUUAUAGACAAUACUCAAUUUGAGAAGCUAAAAGAUGGCACAAUCUCUGUAAAGGAAAUCUCAGAAACAGAUUCUGUUAGAAAGUAUCUGCAAGGCAGUGACAGCAUUGCUGGUGUCUAUGUGGAAGAAACCAAGGUUAAGAUGCCAAUAUACCAAGCCAUGAAAAGGAAUUUCCUGAGGCCAGGAACUGCCCUGGUUCUCCUGGAGGCUCAGGCUGCCACUGGAUUCAUAAUAGAUCCCAUCAAGAACCAAAAGCUCUAUGUCAAUGAGGCAGUAAAAGCUGGGGUUGUUGGUCCUGAACUCCAUGAGAAACUUCUCUCAGCAGAGAAGGCUGUGACUGGAUACAAAGAUCCAUACUCAGGGAAUACUAUCUCUGUCUUUGAAGCUUUGCAAAAAGGUCUUAUCCUGAAGGAGCAUGGAAUUCGCCUGUUGGAAGCACAGAUUGCCACUGGGGGUAUAAUAGACCCUGUUCAUAGUCACCGUGUCCCUGUUGAAGUUGCCUACCAGCGUGGCUAUUUUGAUGAGGCCAUGAGCAAGAUCUUGUCUGAUCCCACUGAUGACACCAAAGGCUUCUUUGACCCCAAUACACACGAGAAUCUUACAUACCUCCAGCUCAAAGAGAGAUGCAUUAAAGAUCCUGACACUGGUCUAAAUCUCCUUCCCUUAAAGAAACUGGAGAAGGCUCCUGAGAGUCCUAAAGGUUUCACUGAAACAGAAACAAGGAAGGUGUUUGAGGAGACUUCAGUAGACAUUCCCUCUGGUAGCAUGGCUGGCUCAUCAAUGACCAUAUGGGAGCUCAUGCAUUCAGAUCUUCUUCCUCAAGAGGAAAGAGACAGGCUGAUGGAAGAAUUCCGUGCCGGCAGACUAACAACAGAGCGAAUGAUUAUUAUCAUCAUUGAGAUUAUUGAGAAAACAGAGAUUGUCAGGCAGCAGGAGAUAUAUUCCUAUGACUUUGUGAGACGCCGCAUCACAGCUGAAGAGUUAUACGAGUCGAAGCUCAUCACAGUGGAAAUUUACAACAUGCUCAAGCAGGGCUCCAAGACCAUUCAAGAAGUCAUUCAGAUAGAGUCCGUCUGGAGAUACUUGUAUGGCACAGGCUGUGUUGCAGGGUUACAAACACCAGCAUCAAAGGAAACCAUCAGCAUUUACCAAGCAAUGAAGAAAGGGUUUAUCACUCCAGAUGUAGCCCAUGUUCUGCUUGAGGCACAGGCCGCAACUGGCUUCAUUAUUGAUCCUGUAAAGAAUGAAAUGCUUACUGUAGAUGAGGCUGUGCGAAAAGGAGUCGUGGGACCUGAAAUUCAUGACCGACUUCUCUCUGCUGAAAGAGCAGUCACAGGGUACAGAGAUCCAUACACCGAGCAGAUGAUCUCUAUCUUCCAAGCAAUGAAAAAAGAUUUGAUUCUAUCAGAUCAGGCACUGAGACUGCUAGAUGCCCAGUUAGCAACAGGUGGCAUCAUAGAUCCCAGAUUUGGAUUCCACAUCCCUAAUGAAACUGCAAUUUCUCGUGGAUAUCUCAACAAAGACACUUUAGAAAUGAUGUCCGAACCCAGUGAAGUUCGUAGUUAUAUUGACCCAUCAACAGAGGAGAAGCUUAGCUAUUCCCAGCUCCUUAAAAGGUGCCAUAAACAUGAGAAGAGCAACCUUUUCCUCCUGCCACUUGUAGACAAGAGAAGGUUAACAUUCAAGGGUCUGAGAAAAGAGAUCAGCAUGGAAGAACUGGUGAGAUCCCAAAUUAUGGAUGCAGUUACAGCUCAGCGCCUUCAAGAUGGAUUAACUUCUAUUGAGGAGGUUUCAAUAGCCUUAAAAAAAUUCCUGGAGGGGACAAGCUGCAUUGCUGGUGUCUAUGUGGAAUCUUCCAAGGAGAGAUUUUCAAUCUACCAAGCAAUGAAAAAGGGCAUGAUUCGGCCAGGUACUGCAUUUGAGUUACUUGAAGCUCAAGCCGCAACGGGAUAUGUUAUUGACCCAAUCAAGUGCCUGAAGUUGGCUGUUGAAGAUGCUGUUCACAUGGGAAUAGUAGGACCAGAAUUCAAAGAUAAGCUUUUGUCAGCAGAGCGAGCAGUAACUGGUUAUAAAGAUCCUUAUUCUGGAAAAAUCAUUUCGCUUUUCCAAGCCAUGAAGAAAGGCCUUAUACUUAAAGAUCAUGGAAUUCGCUUAUUGGAAGCCCAGAUUGCAACAGGAGGAAUUAUUGACCCAGAAGAAAGUCAUCGCUUGCCAGUGGAAGUUGCCUACAAAAGAGGUCUUUUUGAUGAGGAAAUGAAUGAGAUCCUUACUGAUCCAAGUGAUGACACCAAAGGAUUCUUUGACCCUAACACAGAAGAGAACCUAACCUACCUUCAGCUGAUGGAAAGGUGCAUCACUGAUCCUGAAACUGGCCUUUGUCUUUUGCCCCUUAAAGAAAAGAAGCGUGAAAGAAAGACCUCAUCAAAGUCCUCUGUUCGUAAACGCAGAGUAGUUAUUGUUGACCCAGAAACCGGCAAAGAGAUGUCUGUAUAUGAGGCUUAUCGUAAAGGACUCAUUGAUCAUCAGACCUACAUGGAACUCUCUGAGCAAGAAUGCGAGUGGGAAGAAGUCACUAGCUCUUCAUCUGAUGGAGUGGUAAAGUCCAUAAUCACUGAUAGAAGAUCAGGAAGGCAAUAUGACAUUGAUGAUGCCCUUUCUAAAGGCCUUAUAGACCAGUCAUCACUGGAUCAAUAUCGCUCAGGCUCAUUGUCCAUAACAGAAUUUGCUGACAUGCUUUCAGGCAACAUGAGUGGAUUCCGUUCUAGAUCUUCUUCUGUUGGCUCUUCUUCUUCAUAUACAGCAAGCCCAGCUGGCCGCAGUCAGGUCUCCUGGAGUGACCCAAGUGAGGAGACAGGCCCAAUUGCAGGAAUUGUUGACACAGACACAUUAGAAAAAGUAUCAGUGACCGAAGCCAUGCAUCGCAACCUUGUAGAUAACAUCACUGGGCAGAGGUUGCUAGAAGCUCAAGCUUGUACAGGAGGCAUUAUUGACCCUGUCACUGGGGAGAAGUAUACUGUUGCUGAUGCAGUUAAUAAAGGCCUAGUAGAUAAAAUAAUGGUCGAUAGAAUUAACCUUGCUCAGAAAGCUUACAAUGGCUUUGAGGAUCCAAGAACAAAGACAAAAAUGUCUGCUGCCCAAGCCUUGAAGAAGGGUUGGUUAUACUAUGAAGCAGGUCAGCGAUUCCUAGAGGUGCAAUACCUCACUGGUGGCCUCAUUGAGCCAGAGAUAGAAGUACGUGUUAGCCUGGAGGAUGCCCUUCACAAAGGCACAAUUGAUUCAAGGACAGCCCAAAAAUUGCGAGAUGUUAACACUUACUCCAAAUAUCUAACAUGUCCUAAAACCAAGCUCAAGAUUUCCUACAAAGAAGCUAUGGAGAAGAGCAUGGUUGAAGAUGGCACUGGGCUAAGACUCCUGGAAGCUUCUUCACAAUCCAGCAAGGGCUACUACAGCCCAUACAAUGUCGGUGGUUCUGGUUCAACCUCAGGUUCCCGAUCCGGUUCGCGAACUGGUUCCAGAUCUGGUUCAAGACGAGGAAGCUUUGAUGCCACUGGCUCUGGCUCUGGUUCUGGCUUCUCCAUGACCUUUUCCUCUUCUUCAUAUUCCUCUAGCAACUAUGGUCGCAGAUACACAACUGGAGCGCAAGCUAGUCCCAUGGAUUCAACUGAACUUGCCAAUGCACUGUUAAAAUUAAGUCAAAACUGUAGCCAGGAAGCAAACCUGGGGAUCAACCAGUGGCCAUCCCCAAUUCCUGGCCUAGUAUAAUGCUUAGCACAGCAAAUCCCCUCCCCAAACAAUGGACUUGAAUACCCUUUCCUGCUCAGCAUGUGGUGACGCUUUACUUGAACUUUUAUUUUAUAAAUAUAUAUAUAUAUAAUAUAACCUAACUGUAUUUCAAAGCAGUGCCUAAAAUUUUAACCAAAAAAGCCUGGAAGAAAGCAUUUUAGCCAAGAGGCCGAAUGUAUUAAUAUUCUUCAGAUGCAAUUUGUAUAUUGAGAGAUGACUAAGAGAACACUAUUAUCCAGCACCAGAACUUUACACACACUAUGUUCCAACACUCUGGAAAUGGAGGAUCUCCGCAUUUUUGGUUCAUUUUUGUUUAAUGACGGGGGCCCUGCAGAGCAACUCCAUAGCUACCAGCAACCACAGGAAUAAAGCCAAACACUCUCCAGUCCAUCACUCCUUCCAUCUGUAACAGUAUAUGUCCACAUUACUCUGUACCAAGACUUCCAUUGUCCCCUCUCCAUGCUGCCUUUUUUCAUCCUUGCAUUGCCUCCAGCUCUUCAAUGUCUAUAUAAUGGAACUUCUGCCAGGCUCUUCUUUAUACCCCAUGGCCAAAUAGCAAUACCCUAAUUGCUACAGAAUUCAGAAGCACCUUGCUUUCCAACACUGUUGAGAUUGUGACACAGCGAGACUUGUAUCUUAAACCCCUUCGUCAAUGAUUGUCUUCCUCUACUCCCUUCGUGCUCAACACUCCAUCUUCCUGGAUUCCUCUCUGUUCUCCAAAGUGCUCCCACUGCACCCUCUCCAGUUAGUGAACACCCAGAGGAACAUGGAAGCCCCUGUGAUUCUUCUGUCUCCUGGACCAGAUCCCUGAACACAGAAGAUUCAGUGCUGCACCCCCAAACUCAGUGUUUCCGGAUAGACCAUC